CGCGCACGCUCCCCGCCGCUCCGCGCGCGGAUCCCGCACGAGGCUGUCAUUCACCUGCGUGAUCGAGAAGCCUGAACAAAAUCUGAAACCAUCUUUUCAUCUUCAUCUGAGCCAGCAUGAAGUUCUCCUGGACCCACGGAACCGGGAUACAAACUUUUACCGACUAUGAAACGGAAAGUGGUGACGUCAUUCCCCUCCAGAACAAGAGUCCAGGUCUUCACUGCUGCUGCUCCUCAUCGUGGCCGUCCUCAGCCCCGCGCUCGGCUGUGAUUGGCUCAGAGGCUACAGAGAUCUGAGGAACAGGACUGUGGUCCUCAUCCAGACCAUGGGCGGUCCGAUGGCCGUUCAGGACCCCACGGAUUACUUUCCAUACAACCUGUACAGACAAGUCCACUCUCGAGGGGUGCAGGUUCAGCUCUGGUUCAUCAGAGAAAACCUGCAGCACAUCCACGACCUCUACCACCGCAGCAACUGCUCCUCCGCCUGGAACCAGCAGAAGAGGAUGGAGUUCAUGCAGAGCGUGGAGCGGCAGAUCCAGGAGCUGAGCAGCUGCCUGAAGGAACCCGACGUGGCCAAAGAGAGGCGGAUCCUGGCCAAACAACUCCGCAGAUUCUACCGCAAGCUGAGACGCCAGAGCCUGGAGCCCUCUGGGAGCGUGGGCUCUCACCAGCCAGGUUCCGACCCGGGUUCUAACCCAGGUUCUGACUCGGGUUCUGCCGGCUGCGAGCUGCUCCGGAAGGUGACACUAACGCACCUGAACAGGAUAGACUUCCUGAGGAACCACGCCUACCAACGAGCAGGGAGCCCCGGACCAAAGCGCUGAGACAGUCCCAAUCAAACGGCUUUUUGUAC